AUGUUGAAUUUUUUGGAAGAUAUCGCUUUGCCAAUUGAUGAUACGAAGAAAAAUGCAUCUUUCCUAACAUCAAUUAUGGAAAAAAUGAAGAUUGGAAGUUCUGAAGAGCGAUUAGAUAUUCGACAAGAAGAUGAUAUGGAUCUUUUAAUCGAAACUCAUCCUUAUAUUCGACCAGCUUCUGCUUGGUUUCAAAUGGCUCGACUUUGCGCACCAAUGCUUUAUUUAGAAAUACAAUCGGAACGAGGAAAAGCAAUGCAAUUAUUCGUAUGGUGUAAAGCGGCUUUGACGGCGGUUGCGCAAAGACUUGAAAAAGUCACAAAAAAUGGGGAAAAUCCACUGUUUCCAAAUGAAUUUGGACCUGUUCUCAAAAAAAUCGCCGAACAACUCAUUGGAAAUUUCGAUUGUGAGGAGAAACUCAAUCUCGCCGUUUUAUAUUUGUUUUUGAUGAUUCCAAGUCCAGUUCGUGAAACAAUCGAUCAUAUCAUUCAAUGGCUUCAAUUAACAUUGCGAACUGAUUCGGUCGAAGAUCUACGAAGUCCAUUUUAUUUGGGAAGGGUAAGGGUUUUUUGAAUCGAAAGAAAUUGGAAAAUUCAUUUUUUUUUCAGAAAGAACCACGACACAAAGAAAAUUAUCAUGUAAUUGUUGAAGAAAUUCGACACUUUAUGUUUCCCAAAGGAUGUUUGACAAAUAUUCAGCAAGAUAUUCUGAUUGAGGUGGGUUUUUAGGAAAUAAUUUUGAAAUCAAAAAAUUUGGCUAACAUGAGCAAUCCUAAACAUGAGCAAUCCUAAAAAAUACAAAAAUGUAUUUUUAAAACUCAGAGAUUCGCUGGCCAGCUCGCCACCAGGUGGGGAGGCUGGCUGACCUGGGAACCACAUGGAAACCAUGUCGCCCGGUUUUUUUUCGCUGGCAAGGUGGCCAGGCUCUGGCUAGGUCACGGCCACAUGGCUACCAUGUGGUGGCCACUUCGCCGCGUCAAAAUGAAUUUUCAUGAAAAUGUCUGAAAAACUUGUGAAUUGAGGCAUUUUCGAAAAAUUUGGCUCAUUUUCUGUUUUUUCGCAGCACUUGAAACCUUAGGAAGUGAAAAAAAACAGUAGAAAAUGCAGUGUUUUGAGUACAAACCACUGUCUUGCCAGCUUUCCAGAAUUUCAAACACACAGGCCACGUCGCCGGAAAACUCAAGGCGACCUGGCGGCCAUGCGGUUUCCAGGUGGCCGCAGCGAUCUGGUGGCGAGCUGGCCAGCGAAUCUCUGAGAAAUACCUACAAAAGGUCUUCCACUGAAUUUUUAAUCUGAGCAAUCUUUUUUUUAAUUUCAAAUUUUUUUAGACAAUGGUUGAUUUGAGAAAUGCGAAUCGACUCGGAAAAAUGCCAAAACAACUCGAAGAAUCGCUGAAAUCAAAGUUAGUAUAUCGAAAUGAGAUCAAUCAACGCAGAAUGUCGCAGAAAAAGUAGGAAAUCAAGCAUGAUCAUUUCUUGUUAACACUUGUCCUUUUUUGCAUGAUUUCACCUUUUUUUGCUGCAUGUUGAUUGGCUUUUUCUGGAGUAUUGUAAUCACUAUCGAUUUUUAGAAGAAAAAAAUGACAAAAGUGUUGCAAUACUCCGUUUUUUGUGGACAUCCUUUAGUUAGUUAUUUUUUUCCAGGAAAUGCAAAAAUGACGAAGAGCCAACAACUCCAGUUAGAUAUGCGGUUGCUCCGAAACAAAGUCUUCGAGAAAGGGAGCAGAAAAAUGAUGGAAGAUCGGAUUUGAACCCGACUGAAGAUGCGUUGGUUUCCAUGAUAGAGGUGAGAUUUUAUGAAAAAUAUGAUAUAGAAAAUUUUUUUUUGAAAAUUUCCAUUUUUCAGAAAUGUUUUUUUGAAAACACGAGAAAACACCUCAAAAUUGCAAUUUUUCCAGACAAUGUUGAACGACACUAAAAUGUCAUUGUCCGAAAAGACCAAACAACUUCAAAACUUUUCAAAAAGUUAUCCAUCAUUGUACAAUAGAUUUUUCAAAGGAAUGUUGUAA